AUGAAAGUCACAGAUUCUUUACGUCUUAAAGAAAGUAUUAUUAUUGAAUCGAUUUUAAACAAAUUCAAGUUACAUCGUUAUACUAAAAAAUGUAGGGUUGAAGAAUCUGCAGCAUCUUCUCCUUCACCAGUCCCUGAGAAUAUUGAUCAUAUUGAGAAUAUUGAGGAGGAAGAAGCUGAAAUAAAUAGAUUAUUAGCAUUUGAAAUAAAAGUAACUCAAGGCGAUAAUGGUAUCGAUAUUAUUUUGACUCAUAAGGAAAAACUUAUUCUUAUACAAUGUAAGAAUGUAGAAACUCCUAUAAAUGUUCAUAUUGUAAGAGUUUUUGAGUCGGCACUUUCAAGAUUUUCAUCAGAUUCUCUAAGACUUAUUGUAUACAAUAGCAAAAAAUUAGAAGAAAAUUUUGCUACUUCUAAAGCUAAAGAUUGGGCGUUUACGUCUAAAAAGAAUAUCAAAAUUUGUAACGAAAAAGAGUUUGUUGAAAUCAUCAAGAAUUUUUUUGAAAACGAUAAUGAUGAUCAUAUCAAAUUGAUAAAUUAUACCGCAGAUAGUUUUGAUUUAAUUAAAUUGGUUGGAAAAAAUGUUUCUACUACAAAGAAAACAAAGAUAAUUGUUUUUACUGGAACUAUCGGUGUUGGCAAGACUACUUGUGCUAAAUUAUUCGAAUCUUUUCUUAAAAGAAAAGGAUUUACCUUCCUAUGGAAGGUUGAUUAUAUUAUUCUCAAUUGUACUCAGAAGGAUAUGAAGAUGUUCAAUAAAUUUUUCCAAAAUCCGAGCGAGAAAGAAUAUAUCGACAGAAAAGUUGAUGAGAUCGAACCACUUGACUUCUAUAAGGUUGUUUUUGUGACUAUUCCAAUCAAAAUGUCUUUUGAACGGCAGCAAAAGAGAGCUCGUUUAGAUGAAUUGGUCAAAAGGGAGUAUUUGGAAAUGCUUAAUGCUUAUUACCUUGAAGAUAUUGAUUUGGUUUAUCCUGAGAAUUUAAAAUUUGAAAAUAUUGUUAAUCUUUGUGGUGGUGAUGAUUGUGCACAAUGUCUCGGUGUUAAGAUCUACGAGAAUUUCUUUAAUACUCUUUUAUAG